AUGGCCCGUUGUAGUGGAAGUCUUGCUAUUUUUCUAUGCGUUCUUUUGAUGCUCACAAGUUGCCAGGCUUUGGGUAGCAACAUAGAUGAUGGAUAUGGUCAUGAAGAUGGAAGCUUCCAAUCCAAUAGUUUAAUCAAGCUCAACAACGAAGACGACGUUCUUACUUUGAAAAGCUCCGAUAGACCCACUACCGAAUCGUCAACUGUUAGUGUUUCGAACUUCGGAGCCAAAGGAGAUGGAAAAACUGAUGAUACUCAGGCUUUCAAGAAAGCAUGGAAGAAGGCAUGUUCAACAAAUGGAGUUACUACUUUCUUGAUUCCUAAAGGGAAGACUUAUCUCCUUAAGUCUACUCGAUUCAGAGGCCCAUGCAAAUCUUUACGGAGCUUCCAGAUCCUAGGCACUUUAUCAGCAUCUACAAAACGAUCGGAUUACAGUAAUGACAAGAACCAUUGGCUUAUUUUGGAGGACAUUAAUAAUCUAUCAAUCGAUGGCGGUUCGGCGGGGAUUGUUGAUGGCAACGGAAAAAUUUGGUGGCAAAACUCAUGCAAAAUCGACAAAUCUAAGCCAUGUACCAAAGCUCCAACGGCUCUUACACUCUACAACCUAGAGAAUUUGAAUGUGAAGAAUCUGAGAGUGAGAGAUGCUCAGCAGAUUCAGAUUUCUAUUGAGAAAUGCAACAAUGUUAACGUUAAGAAUGUUAAGAUUACUGCUCCUGGAGAUAGUCCCAACACGGAUGGUAUCCAUAUCGUUGCUACUAAAAACAUUCAAAUCUCCAAUUCGGAUAUUGGGACAGGUGAUGAUUGUAUAUCCAUUGAGGAUGGAUCGCAAAAUGUUCAAAUCAAAGAUUUAACUUGCGGCCCCGGUCACGGGAUCAGCAUUGGGAGCUUGGGGGAUGACAAUGCCAAAGCUUAUGUUUCCGGAGUUAAUGUGGAUGGUGCUACGCUCUCUGAGACUGACAAUGGAGUAAGAAUCAAGACUUACCAGGGAGGGUCAGGAACUGCCAAGAACAUUAAAUUUCAAAACAUUCGUAUGGAAAAUGUCAAGAAUCCGAUCAUAAUCGACCAGAACUACUGCGACAAGGACAAAUGCGAACAACAAGAAUCUGCGGUUCAAGUGAACAAUGUCGUGUAUCGGAACAUAAAAGGUACGAGCGCAACGGAUGUGGCGAUAAUGUUUAAUUGCAGUGAGAAAUAUCCAUGCCAAGGUAUUGUGCUUGAGAAUGUUAACAUCAAAGGAGGAAAAGCUUCUUGCGAAAAUGUCAAUGUUAAGGAUAAAGGCUCCGUUUCUCCUAAAUGCCCUUAAUUAGUUAGCUGAUUAUGUAAUAUACAUAAAUAUGUAUUAUAUGUAAUUAUAGAUGCAUGUAUGUCGUUAUUCACCUAUUGAUUCUUGAUAUAUAUAUAGA